AAGGACGUAUGGCAGUAGGCGGACACGGGGCAUCCCGCCGGUCCCAGGCUGCAAGGCGCUGAGUUUAAAGAGUCCCGCUUGGAGUCCAGCCGUGGAAACAGCCCGGUACUGAUUUUGAUCCGGAUCAGCGGUGAUCGGAACCGGAGCAGAUGUCUCAAGAGAGCAGGCCCCUGCAGGAGCUGCCCUGUGUGAGUGUGCAGGGCUCCAUGUGGCCCCAGACUCUCCGGAGCAGCAAGCGCAAGGCGCACGGGUGUCCCGGGGAGGGCCUGGGCACGGAGAGCACCCCCUCCGAGCUCAUCCAACAGUGGUCACCGCUCCACAAGCACCAGCGAGUCUGCAAGGGCAAGGAGAAUGAGGGCAGCCAGUUUGUGUUGGCCAGGCGGUCCAGGAGGAGGAAGGAGGCCCUAUCAGGCCUGUCGUGGGACCAUCUGCCAGAUGAGCUGCUUCUUAGGAUACUUUUCUACCUCCCACUGCAGGACCUCCUCAGGAUGGCUGUGGUUUGCAAGCGCUGGCAUCGUUUGGUGUUUGACGAGUCCCUGUGGCACAGCGUGGACCUGGAGGGGCUGGCCCACAUCGGUCCUGCACUGGAGCAGCUGCUGACCGCCGGGGUACAAAGGCUGCGCUGCCCUCGCUCCUUCAUUGAAGAGCUACAGUUUACAGACACAAGUGCGGUGCGUGUUGUUCAGAUGGACCUGUCCAGCUGCACCAUCACCCCUUCGACGCUGGAGAACAUCGUGUGUCGCUGCAGGAUGCUGGAGUGUCUGAGCCUGGAGGGCCUGCAGCUCUCAGAUCACAUCAUCCACUCCCUCGCUAAGAAUCCCAACAUGUUGCAGCUGAACCUGAGCGGCUGCUCGGGCUUCUCUGCCAGCCCUCUUGGCGAGAUGUUCAGAUCCUUCUCCAGGAUGGAGCAGCUGAACAUAUCGUGGUGUGACUUCAGUAGCGAUCAUGUGAAGGAGGUCAGCAGUAAUCUACACUCCAGUGUUACCCACCUCAACUUCAGUGGUUACAGACAGAACCUCACUUUAGAAGAUGUGAAGGUGCUGGUGGCGCGAUGCCCCAAUAUUGAAAUUCUGGAUUUAAGUGACAGCGCUCUCCUGAUGGCUGAUAGUUUCCCCGUCCUCGCACAACUGAAAAAUCUUCUGCACCUAUCCUUGAGUCGCUGCUACCAGAUUCACCCAGCUGCCCUCGCCGACUUCAGUGAGAAGUUCCCUGCCUUGCGGGUGCUGGAUGUUUUCGGGCUCGUGCAGGAAAGCCACGUGCGCUCGCUGAAAAAAGGAAUGCCUCACAUGUCCAUCAACUCGAGGCCCUUCUCCACCGUUGCCCGUCCCACGCCUGCGCCAUGCGACCGGCUAGUGUACAGCGAAUGCGCCAUGUGGAACGGGAGGUGCCGAUUGAGAUUCAAGUUGUAGUCACGAUCAUGCCUUCGUCAAGUUGCAGUUUUAACAUCAGUUAGUUUCGAUUACAGUUUUCUAGUACAUGUCUUUCAGUAUUAUGACAUACAUGGAUAUGAGUUGUUGUGUUUUGCCAGAGCCAUGUGUCAGUGACUCUUGCUGCUGCAGAAAUUAUUUUGUGCUGGUUAGCAUGAAUUGUGCAAAAAGGUCUGACAGUGGACAGGGCUCUCAAGCAUACAUAAUGCACACUUGGAGAGAAGUUAGAUUUCUCUUUCAUUCUUUCUCUAGUUUGGAAUAUGUGAACGUGGAUGAUCUGCUUGCUGAAAUGUGCUAACAAGUGUUUGUGGCAAAUGUUAGGUUAUAAUGGAAGUGUUAAUUUAAUUAUUUUAAAGGGGAAAAUGGCUGAAUGUCUAGGUAGAAAUUUGCUCGGCAUCAGAUGGAAGAUGUCUGUAGGAAUUUUGGGGGGCAAUUACUCAACACCAGUGUGUCAGGUUCGUCUGCACAGCAAGGUGGAAUGUCUAAAUAUCUGUCCCGUAUUUUAAUAACGCUGAAAAUAAUCUGUUCUUAACUAUGAUCUGUAAUAAUGCCUCCCUGUUUUAAAGGUGUGAAAGAGACACUACAUGUAUGUACAGGCUUCUUAACAGAACCUAAAAUCUGACUGUACUGCAGUCAGUGGAUUAAAUCUAGUUUAUAUUGUGUUCACUGCUCCAAUCAGACCAGGUUCCUUUGGUUCAGCUGUAUUUUACUUCUCACUCCUGCUGAGCUAAUGGAACUGUGUCAUAUUGCUUUUGUUUCUACAAUGAGCUCAUUAUAUCAGAGAUUUACACCCAACUGUGUAUCUGGUACAGAAUUGGUGCUAUAUUGUACUGUUUGAUAAAAAUAUCACACAGGCCAACUGAACUUGAAUUGAACAUUAAUUUCUGAGUAUUGUUCUUUUCCUUGUAAUAAAAGUCACUCAGCCUGAUUGUCCAGCUCUGGGUCUUAAAAGUAGACAACACCACCCCCAAAUACACCUGCACAUCCUAUCCUGGAAACACAAGACUCCACUUUCACUAUUAAUUCAUUGUCAAUAACACAACAUACUGGAUGCUGGUAACAGGAAAAGUACAAAUCUAAGAAAAACUCAUUAAAAAAAAAAAAAAACUAGCAUCUAUGUGCUCUUAGUAAA